AUGGCUUUUCCAAAGGAGCUAUUUACCUUUAUUUUAUCUCUGACGGCACCGCUUGUAUUUUAUUCAGCAAACAACAUUUCUGCUUUGCAAAAGCCACUGGUUAUACUGGGAGUUGAAGUAGCUACUCUCGCUGCAGUUUUCUUCAUGGCAUAUCUGUGUGUUCGAAAAGAAAAAUCUGUAGACUUCCUGUUUUAUGUAUUCGUUGUGUUUUCUUUCACCUCCAUUGUUGACCUUACGUGUGCUCUUGAGCUGGAUGGAUAUAUCAAAGGCUUUAUAGAUUUCUACCUUAACAAGGGUGAACCGUACAUGAACACAGCACACUGCAUCAUGAAGAACUACUGGAAUGGAGGGGUGCACUUUGUUUUGCUCCUCGCCAUCAUCCACCGCAUGUGGAAAAGGAAGCCGUAUCGGAGUUUGGCUCUUCUUUGGGCCGGCUCCAUGGUAGCCACUCAGAUCGUCUUUAUUCCAAGCGUUGUCAUAGGUAAACAUGCCAAGAACAUCUAUCCAGCAUUUUGGCUCAACCUUAUUUUCCUGAUCCUGCCCAUAUGGACAACAGUGAAGCUUUUCAACAGGCCAAGAGAGCUGCCAAUCAUUCCAGCAGACAAGGUUGCAGCAGAACAGAACAAAAGGCUUCUGUUUCGCCCCAUAGACUUCCUGCUCACACUCACUGUGCUCGGAGCCAUGGCGUUCACCGUGUUCAGAGGAUUUGUUGUUCUUGAGUGCACGCUGGACGUGUGUUUCACCUACAUUUACCAGUACGAGCCCUACAUGAAGGACAGUGUGGCCUUCCCGAAGGUCAUGAUGUUGGUGUUCCUCUUCUAUGCCUUUCCCCUGCUAACUCUGUUGGUCUACGGGCUGAUGGUUCCAGGAUGCACUUGGAUGAUGGACUGGACUUUGUUCCUUGCAGGAGCUAUAGUUCAGAUGCAGUGGACGUACAUCGGUGCAUCCGUGCACUCGCGGACACCCUUCACCUAUCGCAUCCCUAAAGAGGAGUGGAGCCUAGUGAUGACCCUUAACCUUGUGUAUAUGGCUGUUCCGGUCCUCCUGGCUGCACGCUGCCACAUAGACCCAGCCUUUUUCAUGAAGCCGGUGCCUCCGGGACAAGCAGGCGACGACAAAAAGCGCAACUAG